ACACACACUCACACACUCACACACACACGCCUCACAAGCUUCACGCGCAGAGCUCUCCACAGCGCUCCACAGUCAGAGUGAGUCCCGCCAGUGUGCGGGUCGGAUGCAGGGAUAGUGAUACACCUGUUGUUGCUGUUAUUCCAGGCGUUUUAUCUGUUUGGGGAAGAAGACCCUCUGCGGUCUACCUAUCUGUGUGCUCGAGCCUAGUAGAGCGCGAGGCUCUGGAGGACGGGAUAGUCCGGAGCUGCAUGCAGCAGCAGGAGCAGCAGCGGCGGCAGCGCGAGGGGACGAGUUGACACCGGUUAUGCACGCGGAGGAAGGCUUACGGAGGACCUCUAUGGUUUAGGAUUAGAAGAUGCGCUUCUCCCGGUAAAGGAUGCGCGCGCGAAGUGUCUGUUUCCGCGUGUCCUAAAGACAAAAAGAAAGAAAGGGGCGCCCCGAGCAGUUGGCUUUUCUUCGGACGCGCUCGUGCUCUGGGAUGGAUUGGUAAGAAGGACGGACGCGCGCGCGGACACCAUGAAGUCCAUCUUCUACAGCCGCUUCUUCAUCCUACUGCCCUGGGUCCUCAUCGUCAUCAUCGUGAUGGACAUCGACACCAAGCGCUCGUCGGUCCGCAGCACGGCCGGAUCCUACCUGGCGCGGCUCGGGGACGCGCAGCGGCGCGGGGAGAAACCGGCGCACGCGGCUCCCUCCGCCGCGAACCGCACGGUGCUGCCGCCGCCGCCGCCGCCCCCGCUCAUCUACGCCGUCACGCCCACGUAUAGCCGGGCGGUGCAGAAAGCCGAGCUCACGCGCCUCGCCAACACUUUCCGCCAGGUGCCCCGCUUCCACUGGGUCGUGGUGGAGGACGCGGGAGCUCGCACCGAGCUCGUGGCGCGCUUCCUCGCGCGCUGCGGCGUGCCCUAUACGCACCUGAACGCGCUCACGCCGCGCCGCUUCAAGCGCACCGGCAUGCCGCGCGCCACCGAGCAGAGGAACGCGGCGCUGGGCUGGCUGCGCACGCACCGAGACACGCGCGAGCCCGGAGUGGUGUUUUUCGCCGAUGAUGACAACACGUACAGCCUCGAGCUGUUUGAAGAGAUGCGGUCGACCAGGGGUGUGUCCGUGUGGCCGGUGGGACUGGUGGGAGGCCGGAGGUACGAGCGCCCUGUUGUAGAAAAUGGAAAAGUGGUUGGCUGGUACACAGGCUGGAGGGCUGACAGACCUUUUGCCAUUGAUAUGGCAGGUUUUGCAGUAAACCUGCAGGUGAUACUGGCUAACCCAAGAGCACUUUUCAAGAGGAGAGGAGCCAAACCAGGGAUGCAGGAGUCGGACUUCCUUAAACAGAUCACAAAGUUGGAGGAACUGGAGCCAAAAGCUAGGAACUGCACCCAGGUUCUGGUGUGGCACACCCGCACAGAGAAGGUCAACCUGGGCAACGAGCCCAAGCGGCAUCAGGACUCUGUAAUGAUUGAGGUCUAGUGGACACACGACUGCAGAGGUGAGAGCACACGCGGUCCAUCAGCGGCCUGGACAGAGCGCCCGUCAUCCCUGGCACUUGCCCUAUUAGUGUCCACCUCUGAACCGAUCGCCUGCUGAGCAAUGCUGGAAGCCCAGCAUGAAGUCAAGGAUUGCUCUCGUUCUCUCGUCCAAUCCAGUCUGUUCAUCUCUAAUCAGCCCAUUUCUGAGCCUUUUUCUGGCUGCCUAAAUGGACCGUGCAUCACUCCAUUGACAAAAAUAUCCCUUCCCAUUCAGACAGCACUCUUCACAGCUCCACAGCUCUACAGCUCUAAACCCACAUGAAUGGAUACGGCUCUCUUCAGCAGAAGCCAGGCGACUUUUUGGUGGGAAAGAGUCUGGGCUGUUUGGGAUAUUUGGAUCGACAUCAAGUGAAAGAAAAAGACUGAUAAUUCAAUGACUGAGAAAGACAAAAAAAAAUGUACAUGGAUAAGAUGCAGCUGGAAGAACUUGCUGGAGAUCUGCUGAGGUUCAGCUUGUCCAAGAAGUAGGAAGAACACUGCAGAGGAACUUUGUUGCUGUUUUGGGCUGCCGUGCUCAAAACAGGCUUUCUUACUGAAAUGUAUGUUGCUAUAAAUUAGGGAUGCAAAGAAAUGAAAAUAUUUGGCUGCAAUGGAAACCAAACUACUAACAGAUAAUAUGAGCUCAGCUACAUUUUACAAUCCUAGAUCCAUACAGGCUGUUAAUUUCAGCUGGAAGUGUUGAAGUGUGCCUCCACUGAUGAAAGAAAAACAAAAACUAACAUUAGAGGAGGAAACAAUGUAAUAUAACUUCAAAUUUGGCAUAAAUGAUUAGCUAAAUAAUAACUAAAGGUCUUUUUAUUCCCAUUUUCUGCCAAAUAUUUUCAGCUGCCAAAUAUUCGUUGCAUCCCUACUAUGAAUGUGUAUGUGAGAUUAGAACAAAAGAAUAAUAGAAGAGAUCCAGAGCAAGCACAGUGACCUGUGUCCACUGCACACAGGACUCAGCACUAGACAAGAAAAGCUUUGGAUUACAACUGUCUUUAUUCCAAACGACCCUCUUUAAAAAGCAAAAAUUGGGAAAAAGAGAAAAAAACAAACAAAAACAAAACAGCAUAAAAUGAGAACUUUACAAUAAAAGAGGCAUUAGACAAAAACGAUCACACAAUAGUUAAUGGCUAUUCACUGUUUAAUGCACGGAAAUUACAUUUUUUUUCCUCUGUACUAGGCACCAGAAAAAUGUAAACACAUUGUAGAAAUAAACCUGGAUGACGAGG